AUGGCAUCUCCAAUGUAUUCUUUCUUCGUUUAUACUAUCACAUUGGCUAUUCUUACUAAUAGUUUUACUAGCUCGAGUCCAGUACAUUCACACAUAGCCGAUGCAGUUGAAUACAAAAUGAAUAAUGAACAAUUUCAUUCAAAUAAUGGCGAUCAAAUAGAUUCAUCAAAAGAAGUAUUACCUGUUCACAAAGCUCCUCACAGUAAACGUGACUAUCCAACAGAAGGUAUCCUACUCGGUAAACGAGAAUAUCCAACAGAAGGUAUCCUACUUGGCAAACGAGAUUAUCCAACAGAAGGUAUUCUUCUUGGUAAACGUGAAUAUCCAACAGAAGGUAUUUUACUUGGUAAACGAGAUUAUCCAACAGAAGGCAUUUUACUCGGCAAACGUGAAUAUCCAACAGAAGGUAUUCUUCUUGGUAAGCGUGAAUACCCAACUGAAGGUAUUCUUCUUGGAAAACGAGAAUACCCAACAGAAGGUAUUUUAUUAGGCAAACGUGAUUACCCAACUGAAGGCAUUUUACUUGGUAAACGAGAUUAUCCAACUGAAGGUAUUCUUUUAGGUAAACGAAAUUUCCGGUUUUUUGCACCCAAACACUCUGGAAUGGGUAAUGCUGCAUACAAUAAUUAA